AUGUCUCUAGGUCAUGGUUUAUCGGACAUUCCAAAACUUUUUGGUGAAAAUUAUACGAGUUGGUAUGAGGAUCCAGAUGUGUAUCUAUGCCUAAGGGACCUAGAUCUUUGUUUGAGAGAGCCCAAGCCUACAACACUCACUCUUGACAGUACUCAGGUAGACAAAACAGAACUUGAGAAGUGGGAAGCUGCAAAUAGAAAAUGUCUGAAGGUCAUCAAGCAUGCUAUGCCUGCAACCUUGAAGGAUAGCAUCACAGUGAAAGAUACUGCCACAGAAUUUUUGGAAGCUAUUAGAGUUAAAUUUGAGUCUUCCAAGAAGGCUCAGUCAGGUGACUUGAUGAGCAAACUGACCAAUGCAAAGUUUGAUGGGAAUGGUAGUACCAGGGAGCACCUUCUGGGACUUGUUUCUUUAGGAAACAAGAUUAGGGAGUUAGAGAUUAACUUUGAUGAUGACUUCCUAGUUAAUAUUGCCCUCAAUUCACUCCUAGAGUAG